AGCUUUCAGUGUUUCUCACUCUUAUCAGCUACUGCUCUCGCUCCUCGGCCUUAAUUUCUCUCUCCCUAUCUCCUCACCUCAAUUUUGUUCUUCCAGAAACAUGAGUUCUCGGAUUUUCAGAUCUUCCUCUAAAGCCGCCAGGUCUCUUCUCUCUGCUUCUAAGACCUCCCGCUUCUACUCUGAAGGACGAACUGUAGCAGCAGCGGCGGCCGUUGCAUUCAUUGGAAAAGCGCCCUCUCUAGCUUCGGGUUUUGGAAGGACUGGUUCUGCUAAUGCUUCUAGACAAUGGAUUUCCGGAGCCCUGGCAAUUCCAGCGGCAGUUUGCAUGCUUCAAGAACAGGAGGUGCAUGCUGCAGAGAUGGAGCGCACUUUCAUUGCAAUUAAGCCUGAUGGAGUACAGAGAGGGCUGAUAGCAGAAAUCAUAUCUCGUUUUGAACGUAAGGGUUUCAAGCUUGUGGCAAUUAAGAUAGUGGUUCCUUCGAAGGAAUUUGCUCAGAAGCAUUAUCAUGAUCUGAAGGAAAGACCCUUCUUUGAUGGUCUCUGUGACUUCCUUAGCUCGGGCCCUGUUAUUGCUAUGGUCUGGGAAGGAGAAGGGGUGAUUAAAUAUGGUAGGAAGCUCAUUGGAGCCACAGAUCCCCAGAAAUCAGAACCUGGAACUAUCAGAGGUGAUCUAGCCGUUGUUGUUGGAAGAAAUAUCAUCCAUGGAAGUGAUGGCCCGGAAACUGCCAAGGAUGAGAUUAACUUGUGGUUCAAACCGGAUGAAUUGGUUAGUUAUUCAAGCAAUGCUGAGAAAUGGCUCUACGGAGUUGACUGAAGUUUGUUCUCAGGUUUUCUACAGAAACUUAGGUCCCACAUGUAGGAUGGGGGAGAAUCAUAAUUUUUAGAAUAAGAUUGUUUCCGCUGAGGCGAGUGAAAAUGGUGCUUUGCUACAAACAAUUGGCAAAAGUUGAAAUUUUAGUAAUAUUCUAUUUCA